CAUGCUUAAUAGAGAUCCCGCUACUGUAACAAACAUGAGCAAAAAUGACGUAAUAUAUGUGAAAUAUCGCGAGAAGACGCCAUCCUCAUCACUACGUAAUGUGCCGUGCUGCUUAUGGCGGCGCUGGUGACAGUGCUGAGAGCUGUUGGGUAUGAAGUGAAACCGAAUUGAAUUACGUAACAUCAAACUGCUGCUUCAAGUUCAGAUCACACCGAAGAUUAAGGAAAAACUAAAAACCCAAGUCAAAUAGAAAUUGCAACAACGCUAAGAAAAAAGAAAAAAAAACGCAUCAUCAAGGAUUGAUUCAACAGUCAGCAAACGAAAAGCCAAACAACCAAAGAACAGAGACAAGACAGUCUGCCGAAACGUGGCAACAAGACAAAGCCAGAAGACCACAUCUGAUCUGAGACCAGAAGUUUGUGCCUACUCAACAGCUUCAAUAAAGCACACGUCCCAACGCUGCUCAAAGCCCUCCUCAUCCUCGCUGUGCCUCUGUCCCAUCGGGGUACGGGGGGGCUACUCUUUGCUAGUUUGACAUAGUUCCCCUCCUGUUUGCGCUUUCCUUCCAUCCCUCUUUCUCUGUCGUCUUGCUAUGUUUUUUUUUCCCCUGAGUUAAAGCAGUGUUACUCCUGUCGGCCUCCUACUGUUAUUUCUUCUCUUUUUUUUCCCAUUUAUUAUUAUAUUAUUUUGCUUGAAAAUAUCACAACACGGGUCAAGCAUAAUCUGCAGUUUGCGUGCAAACGGAAUCGCCUUCGGUGCUCCCUAGACAGCUGCUGUCCAAGAAGCCGCUCAUCCCACCCAGACAAGCACGUCCCUGUCCUCCCCCUGCUAGUGAUGGAGAGGGCUUACUCUGAGCAGGCCCCCGCCGUGGCCCUCUCGGCCCCACCCAUCCCUCGUUCGUCUUCACUUUCCUGUCGUGCCUCUCAUCCGCCCGGGGCAAAAAAGCACAAGCGGACCCCCCUAUACCAGAGAUCAAUGAGCUUUGACCCUGGCCUUCUGCACAGCACUGGCCACUCUGCCUUUGCUAACGGUGCAGGCAGCAGCCUCCGUGAGACGGGAGUGGUGGAGAAACUGCUCACGUCCUAUGGCUUCAUCCAGUGCUCCGAGAGACAGGCCCGCCUGUUCUUCCACUGCUCCCAGUACAGCGGAAACCUCCAGGAGCUGAAGCUGGGAGACGAUGUGGAGUUUGAAGUGUCAUCAGACCGGCGUACUGGAAAGCCCAUUGCUGUCAAGCUGGUAAAGAUCAAGCCAGAGGUGCCUGAGGAGAGGAUCUCGGGGCAGGUGGGCACAGACUUGCAUGCUGCACAGCUGGUUGUAUCUCCAGUUCCCACCCACCUGGAUGGUAAAGCGGCCCCUGGACAAGUACCCACUGGCAGUGUGUGCUACGAGAGGAAUGGGGAGGUGUUUUACCUGACCUAUACGCAAGAGGAUGUCGAGGGCCAGCUGCACCUGGAGACCGGGGACAAAGUCAGCUUUUUCAUGGAAACCAACAAGCACACGGGAGCCGUAAGUGCCCACAACAUCGUCCUGGUUAAGAAGAAACAGCAGAGAUGCCAGGGUGUUGUUUGCGCCACCAAGGAAGCUUUUGGGUUUAUUGAAAGAGGAGACGUGGUGAAGGAGAUCUUUUUCCACUACAGUGAGUUCAAGGGCGACCUGGAGGCACUUCAGGCUGGAGAUGAUGUGGAGUUUACCAUCAAAGAGCGCAACGGCAAGGAGGUGGCAACAGAGGUGCGCCUGCUGCCCCAGGGUACGGUCAUCUUCGAGGACAUCAGCAUCGAGCAGUUUGAAGGAACCGUCUCCAAGGUCAUCCCUAAGAUUCCCAACAAGAACCAGAAUGACCCCUUGCCAGGGCGCAUCCGUGCCAGGAUAAACUUCACAGAUAAGGAGCUUUUGUUUGGGGAGAAGGACACCAAGUCGAAGGUGACUCUGCUGGAGCGCGAUCACGUGCGAUUCAACAUCUCCACAGAUCGCCGGGACAAACUGGAAAGAGCCACAAAUAUAGAAAUCUUGCCUGACACAUUUCACUACACUAAAGAAACCCGGGAAAUGGGGGUGAUUGCUGCCAUGCGCGAUGGUUUUGGUUUCAUCAAGUGUGUGGACCGGGAUGCCAGGAUGUUCUUCCACUUCAGUGAGAUCUUGGAGGAGAGUCAGUUGCACAUCUCUGAUGAAGUGGAGUUCACUGUUGUGCCUGACAUGCUGUCUGCCCAGCGGAACCAUGCUGUGCGGAUCAAGAAGCUGCCCAAGGGCACGGUGUCCUUUCACACCCAAUCAGAGCAGCGUUUUGUAGGAGUGGUGGAAAAGGAGGCUGCAGCUUCUACCAAGAGUGCGAGCCCCAAUAAGACCAAAGAGAAGGAGGCAGAGGAGGGGGUGAUCGCUUAUGAGGACUGUGGAGUGAAGAUGACGAUGACCUAUCACACCAAGGACUUAGAAGGUGGAAUACAACCACAAGUGGGGGAUAAGGUGGAGUUCUCAAUCAGUGAGGUUAAAAGGACCGGACAGCAAAGUGCUGUGUCCAUCAAGAUCCUUAACCGUUCUGUCAACACCAAACGGUUGCUGGGCUUCGUGGCCACGCUCAAAGACAACUUUGGCUUCAUUGAGACCGCCAACCAUGACCAGGAGAUUUUCUUCCACUACAGCGAGCUGUGUGGCGAUGUGGAGAGCCUGGAGCUGGGUGACGCCGUGGAGUACACUGUGUCCAAGGGCAAGGGGAACAAAGUGAGCGCCGAGAAGGUCACCAGGGUGGCUGCUGUGAAUGGACUGUGGGAGGAUGUGGGUUCAACCGUGGUCAUGGGUAAGGUGGUGCGACCUCUGCGUAGCGUGGACCCGUCCCAGACCGAAUACCAAGGCCUCAUCGAGAUCACCGAGGAGGGUACCCAGAAGGGCCAGAGCUUCCCCUUCGGCAUAGUGGGUAUGGCCAACAAGGCGGAUCCCUUGCAGAAGGGAGAGACCGUCCGCUUCCAGGUUUGCACUGUGCCACAGACAGGACAGAAGAUGGCCUGUAACAUUGUACCACAGCGCCGUGCCCCCGUCGAAUGUGUCAAGGACCAGUUUGGAUUCAUUACCUAUGAGGUUGGAGAGAGCAAGAAGCUGUUCUUCCAUGUGAAAGAGGUUCAGGAUGGGCUGGAACUGCAAGCUGGGGAUGAGGUCGAGUUCUCGGUCAUCCUCAACCAGCGGACGGGCAAAUGUAGUGCCUGCAACGUGCGCCGUGUCAGUGAAGGGCCAAAGCCAGUGGCGACACCUCGGCCCGACCGGCUGGUGAACCGGCUGAAGAGCAUCACACUGGAUGAUGCCAGUGCUCCCCGCUUAGUCAUUGUGCGGCAACCCCGUGGCCCCGACAACUCUAAGGGCUUUAAUGUGGAACGGAAAACCCAUCAAGCCGGUGUCAUCGACUGAACCCUCAACUGUACUCCCAGGGCCCAUCCCCACUCAGUGGAGCAAAUAGUUUUAAAAAGUGCAAUCCUGCAAGGGGCAAAUCUACAGCAGCUGUACUCUAUAAAUGCUGUGAGAUGAGCAUGCACAGCCCAUUUUCCUGUUCUAGCCAAUCCAUUCAAUGCAGAACCCUCCAAAUCCAUUGGUCCUCUGCUUUUGAUGUGGGUGUGGCCUCCAGUGCAGCAGAAGGCUUAGGGAAGUCUCUAUUCCGUGUUUGUGUGCGUGUUUGUGUAAAAUGUUUUAGAGACCGUGUGGAAGGUAGCAGUGGAUUUGGUGGGUUCUUUGGUGAAACGGCAAUUUACCAUCUGGCAAAUUGCUCUAGUAUGCCAUGUUUGAAACUCAAAAGGUAACAUUUAGCGAGAGUCUGGAAUUCUUCACCUGUGAUGUUAGUGUGUUUAAACGCUAUUAGUUUUUUUUUCUUUCUCUCUCUCUCUACCUUAUAAAUUCAUGCUUUUGACAUGGUGGACUUUAUUUUUCCAAAAAGAGCUUAAAUUUUCUACAUUUUCUUUGAAGGGACACUGAUUUGUUUGACCUUUUAAAACAGACGGCUUCACAAACACAGGCAGCCUUGCUGCUUAGUUCUUAGAAUAGUCCGAACGGUUAGUCAUCCCAUGUUUUGUGUGUCGAUAGUAUCCCUACCUCCUGAUUCACUCUGUGCUCAGGACAUCCACCCCAGAACCCAUGUGUUCAGAAUUCCAAAUGGCAUCUUGUGGUCAUCAGUUUAUUUUUAUACAUGAUUUUCAUUUUCUUCAUUGCACAUUUCAGCUAUUUUGCUGUUUUCAUUGCAUAAGUUUCUGCUAAUGAAUGAGAAAUUAAACUUAAGGUGCCUAAAAUUACAUACACAAAAAUGAAUUAGUAAUUUACUGAACUUUUCCCAGCCAACCACCAAAAUGUAAAGAACAAUCUUGGAACUUUUUUUUUUUUUUUGUAGAAAUAACACAAUUUGCAUCCCAAUACAAGUGGGCUGAAAUAUGCUGUAUGUACUGUGUGCCCCUGCCCCCCCCCCCCCCCACUUCAUCAUAUAAUUCAAGAACUUGCUUAAAUUGAAGGGGGGAGAUGGGGGGGUUGAUCUGGGGGAAAAGCGAUUGAGAUUUUGAAUUCUGUGAGCUGGAGGGAUCGGUGAGAGAGUGCCGCCCCUUCAGUGGCACAUGGUGUUAUUACUGUUAUAAUGAACAAAACCGUGGAGGUGGUCAGGCUCGGGCUGGGCCUUGCACACGCUCCUGUGUACUUUUGUUAAUGGUCUUGAAUGAAACUUAAAUAAACGUUUUACGGAA